AUGGAUAGCAUCACUCCAGUACGGCAACAACCCAUUUUGGAAGUCCAUAGCUGGGUUUGGAACCAGAGGAAGUCAGCCCCGUCCCCAUCGUCGGCAUCGGUCAUCACUCGAUUAACUGGUGCUACACUUGUAAAUUCUCCGUCUCCGGCGCCUACGCAAUCAACCCCAGAUACCCAACGUCAGGUUGAUGUGUCUGCCGCGACGACUUCUAAAACCCCUCAGCGACCCCAAACCAGAAAGGCCAAAAAUGACACCAUUCGAAAGAUCUUCCGGAAAUGGCGGAACACUCUCCCUAAAACUGAUACAUCCUAUACCGUGAGGAAAUCCCCGGAAGCAAUGGUCAAUGAUCUUAUCGCCCAUUUGAACGCAAACUUUGCUGUUCUGAUCGAAGAAGCUAUACGAGAAAGUCCUUCGCAGACCCAGUCCACACUCGGCAUCUGUAAGAAUAUAAUGCGCACAGAUGAGUGGUAUCGUACCAAUCGGAAAUACGGCUGGCAGCAAACUGUCGCAUUGGAACUGGCUAAUAACCCGGCAUUUCAACCCAUAAUUGCGUGCCGCAGGGGGAAAAUUCGAAGUAACAAGAGCGUCAAGUGGCAGCUCACCUCAGGCUCCAUGCAGCCUAGCACGAUGAGUUCUACACCGUCAGACGCAACCUCUUGGCGCUUCCCACGGGAAAUGCAACCGCCUUUAGUGGAGUUGCCAGCGACAAACGCCGCAGAGUUGCCCGAGGAGACCUCGACGAGGCAAAUACAAUCAACCGGCCAGGUGACUACGCCUAGUCCACCAAAGUAUCAACUUAUGGAAUCACAAGCUCGACUAUCAGGCGUGCAGACUCCAGGAAAGGCUAAGCUGAAGGACAUUCAUGCGGAAAAUUUUGGUACUAGUUUCAGUCUGGCUAUGAAUUGGGGGCCAUCGAAGGAUGGUGGAUAUCCAAAUAACUUCUCCGCUCAGGAGCCUGAGUCUUCUGCAUCUGAAAUUAGGCGGUGGGAAUUAUAUGAUAAGCCGAUGUGCGCGGAUCAGUUGGAAACAACAUGCAACGAACCUACUCCAGCACAGAAGACGACAAGAAACCCAGCACAGCCGGAUCAAACAAAAGACGCUGGAGAAGGCUCUUCUUCAGAUUCUGACCGCAGAUCUGGGUCGGAUGAGCAGAAGCGUCCUGGGGGACGCUCUGACGAUGGAAGCGGAGAUAGAAAGAGAAAGCGCCUCUGGUCUCCAGAGAGAAACAAGAAUAGGCGAAGAUUCGCAUGUGUUUAUCAUAAGUAUGAUCCUGAGACAUACGGGGUUCACAAUCGGAGGUACCUAGUAUGUGCUGGCGCAGGAUUUGAAUUUACCUCUGAACUUGUUCGCCAUCUUGGCCGUACUCAUGGCGAGCACAUCUGCGGAAGAUGUCUGCGACAUUUUGACAACGCCCAAGAGCGUAAUAUCCAUAGAGGUCAAUGUAUUGUGCGGUUACGCUGCUCUCAAGAAGAACGCUGGGCUGGUCUGUGGAGAGCCCGAUUCCCGGAUAUACCUGUUCCAGAUGAUCCAUAUCUCAAUCUGUCGACCUCCAUACGGUCACCUCAACCCGGACAAAAUACCCAAUCAGAAUCAGUACCAACCCAAGCAGACAGGGAGUCGGGUUCAUCCUCUACUACUCCAUCAAUACCAUCACCGUACUCUGAGGCGAUUUCCGAUACCUCAAAUGCCCCCUUUUCACAUAUUCCCAUGCCUAAUAACAGGAAUCAGCAAGCAGGCGAGCCCUCUCCCCCUCUUUCUGCAACUAUACAGUUGAUGGAAUGUCGCAUUGAUUGUCUUGAGAGACGUCUACCUGGGGUCGAAGACUCUCUUCGCUUAGUACUGAAGCUAGUUGGGUCGUCAUCGGACCACACAUUCAAAAAACCCAUGACUGCCCCCGCUACCAAUUCGGAAGGACUAUCGCAAGAAACCUUCAGUUAUCCCCCAUAUGCUGCAUGUGAUGACAACACACUUUCAAUCGGACUUGAUUCUAGGAAUUCAAGUUCCGGAGUAUCUCAUACAACAAAAGAGGCAUCGAAUUGUCCUCCUCUAGGAUCCUCUGAAUCGAGCUCUUCAGGGUCCUCGUCAAGAAAUCCUCUCAGCAGUUCGACCGACUCUCCACUCUUCGAUACAACAAAUAAUCCGUUCUUUAAUGACAAACGUGGGUGCUUUGAUGAUGAUAUCUCCGACCUCAUCAUGCCGAACCUGGACUUUGAAGCGUGGAAUGAUGAGCAUAAUCCUGUGAAUGGUGCGGUGCCUCUACCGCCGGAUAUACACAACCUUCCCCAGUUCUGGGAGUCUGUAUGA